AUGGCCCUGGAGCUCGAGUAUCGCCGGACUUUCAUUGACGUGAAGGAGGAUUUCGAGGACAUGGUGGAGAGUUCCAGUCGGGCCCGUGCACAGAGCGCGCCGGCCAGGCCCAUGCCCAGUAUCGACUCCAGCUCGGAGGCAGCCAGUGAGGAGGAAGCCAGUGAGGAGGAAGCCAUGCGCAGCUAUGUGGGCACCCUCUCCCAGAAGAUGGCGGACCUGGCGCAUCAGCUACAGCAGGGCAAGACUCCCACUACAGCUUGCGGCUCCAGCCCCACCAACACCACCGCCAGCGAUGUGUCGGAGGGCCAAGAGGAGGCCUGGAGCACGGAUCAAGUCGCGGCGGAGUUCUUCCCGCUGCUGCCCAGCCAGGGCAGCCUCGGGCACCCGGAGGUUUGCCGGCGCCCGUGCAUCUACUUCAUCGCCGGGCACUGCGAGAACGGCCAGGCCUGUGCCUACUGCCACAUGGAGCACACGGAGAAGACGCCCAAGCUUGACAAGAGGCAGCGCAACAUCAUCCAACACCUCAGCCAGCCGCAGAUGUCAAAGCUGGUGAUGCACUUCUGCCGAAGCAAAGCCGAGCAGGCGGGCUUCCUCGAAGAGGCCAAGGAGAUCUUGAACCUGCUCGCGCAGGAGUCCGAAGGCGCGCGGCCUUGGGCCCAGGUCCUGAUGGACCGCGACCUCCGAAACCUCCACAAGACGCUCGAGCGGAUGAACUUCUCCAACUUGAUCUGCCUGGCGGCGUCCCAUUCCGCCAGCCAAGGGAACGCCAGUGCCGAGAUGCUGGUUGAGUCCUUGGAGCGACUCCGUCUGCUUUCCCUGCAGGGGCGCUGA